AUGCCAAGGACUCGUGCUAAUAAUGCGAGUUCCUGUAACAAGAACACAGAAGCCCUUGGAGAAUUCUUCAAGACCUUGGGGGCCAUGACUCAAAUGAUGAAAGAAAGUAUGCCAGCCUUGGUUACCCCUGCCCCAGAGAAGGCUGAUGGUGGACUAAUAGAAAGGUUCAGGAGGCUAGCACCUCCGACGUUUUUAGGGCAUGGGGGAGUAGAAAAAGCAGAACGGUGGAAAAGGCAAGUAGAAAAGAUAUUUGAAGUGUUGCAUUGCAGUGAUGAACAGAAGGUUAGGUUGGGGGCCAUCAUGUUAGAAGGAGAUGCUGAGCACAGAUGGGGCUUAGUAAAACAAUCAUGGGAAAAGUCAGGGAUAGAAGUGACUUGGGAGAACUUCUUGGAAGCCUUCAAUGAGAAGUACUUCCCUGACUUAGUACGGGAAAGAAUGGACGUGGAAUUUAUUGAGCAACAACAAGGGGGUUUGUUCGUAGAACAGUAUGCGGCCAAAUUUGCUAAAUUGUCAAGAUAUGCGCCGCACAUCAUUAACACCGAGGCGCGGAAGGGUAGUAAGUUUGAAAGAGGCCUCAGGCCAGAAAUAAGAGAGAGGGUAUUAUCAGCCAAUUUAAAGACCUUCUCCCCUUUAGUGGAUUUGGCCAUAAAAAUAGAAAGGGACGGCGAAGAGUCCCGGUUCAGGAAAGAUGGGAGGAUGGUAGCAGCUCAGUUUAGAAGUUUUGGAAGAGAGACUCAACCACCCCCAAAGAGAAGUUCUAGGGGAAAUAAUAAUCAAGGGAGUAAGAAGAUCCAGAAAACCUUCUAG